AAAUUCUUUAGAAUUUUCUUGUUUUGGUUAGUCGGAUGUUAACCUUUGAUCAAGAAACUCGUUGACUGGUCUGCUUCCCUAUAGUUCUUUGUGUCUGAUUUAGUCUGUUGUCUCAUUUUGCAUAAUUCAAUCAAACGACUCCCAUGACUGCCUUUCUCAUUCUUGCCUUUCAUGUUAUUUUUUCCUCAUUCAUUUUUUAGCCUGGGGUUUUGAGGAAUUUGUUAUUUUACAUCAUUAUAAGUUAGUUAAAUAAUAGGAUUUGUAUUAUUUUUUUUGGUGAAACUGGUAAGGUUUUAUAGGAUUUGGUUAUUUAUAGUCUUGUCAUUGUGUGAGCUUUUUGUCGAUGAUCCCUGUCACCUUUUUCUUCUUUCCAUGCAAUAACUAUACUUUUGCAGGUGCUCUGCUCCUAAUGUUCUGGAUAUUUUGAUUUAAACUGUUAGGCUGUUAGUUCACCCUCUCAUUCUUCAGAGGUAUGGAGUUUGUAUCCUCAUCGAAGAAUUUAGUGAGUGAUGCUUGAUAUGGAAUUACUUACUUAAACAUUGACUGCAUAUGUCUCUAACGCAUGCGUGGACUGCUUUCUGGAAUAAUGUCACCACAGCCAGUAUGUUUGAGAUGAUGCCUAUUAUGGCCUCCAAGCUGAUGAAUUUGCAUCUGAUAUAAAUUUAGGGUUACCUUACCAUUUCUUGAUGCAGCUUUCUUUUUCUUCUGUUCAGAAAACCAAAAGGUUAUGCCAAAUUUGACUUUUGUCAGUUUCAUUUGUUGCUUCUAGUAAUGAUAUUUUGGCUACGUGUCGAAGCAAACAAGAUUGACAUAGGAACCAUUCCUUCUGAUAUUCUGUAUUUAGUUUUUAACUCAUUUUUUUCAGUAAGAAGUUUAGGCUGUGCCUAGAUUGAUGUUGUGAUCCGAGAGCCAUGUUCACAAUCUCCUUUUUGUGCAGAUUAUAAACAUUUAGAGAAGUAUCUCAUGAAACUUUAUAAUUGUAGAAGAUCCUUGUUUGGAGCUUCACUCUUUGAAUAUUUCAUCAUGAAUCAGCUGAAUGUAUUUUGAGGACUGGGCUUUGAUAUGGAAGCUCAGGGGUGAGGACAGAACUCGGCUUAUGCUGGAUUUGUUGUUUUUUGCUGACAUAGAAUAUAGUUCUGACUUCUGAGUCAAUGUUGUAUGUUAUGUUUCAUUCUACUACUUGUGUGAUAGAUUUAGUUUUGCAGUUUCGAACAGAAUAGUUGAGGCUGAUGGUUGAAAUUUCCGAACUUCCAUUUCCAGUUUGUGUGUACCUCUAGAAAAUAAUCUUGAUUUUAUUUCUAUUCAUCUGCUGUGGUCCUCCAUUUUCAGUUGGUCGUUAACUAGAUCUGUUACCUUUUCUGCAUGGUUCAUCCCUUUCUAUUCAGAGCCCAUAAUCAUUGCAUACCUUUCUCGGCUGUUGCUUUAGAAGAUAGUGAGUUGAUGAGCAUUUUUUGCUAGUCAUUAUGUGUAGUGCUUAAGUUUUAAUUCUUGUUGUAAAUGAUGUUUGUUUGAAUUGUAUUCUUUCAAAAAAUUAACCAAUAUCGUGUGCGCAUUGCUAUUGUAUCUAUCUUUCAGCCUUAGAAGCUGGAUUGCAGUUAUUAUGUGAGCAGCUGGCGCAAGCAUUUUCCAUAUGUUGAGGAAUCUCUUGUGGUCGACAUCAAAACAUGAUGUGUAUCUCAUGCAAAAUUACUCUGUGAUGCACUGGUCCUCACUUCUCAGGAAGGGAGAAGAAGUGCUAAAUGUUGCUAGGCCAUUGGUCCCCACUACGAAAUACCCUGGAUCAGCGUCUCAAACACUUUCCCGAGUGCAGAUCAGCACUAUGGCUGUUAGAGAUGGUUUGAUGGCUGCUGGUGGUUUCCAAGGGGAGCUUAUCUGUAAGUAUUUAGACCAACCUGGAGUUGCAUUCAGUACAAAAAUAAGUAAAGGAGAGAAUGCUAUAACUAAUGCUGUGGAUAUUAUUUAUAGUCCGACUGGCUCUAUGAGGGUAAUCACUGCUAAUAAUGAUCAGCAAGUCAGGAUUUUUGAUGCAAAAAGCUUUGCUUGCAUCAAUCAUUAUACAUUCCCUUGGUCUGUUAACAACACCUCUGUUAGCCCCGAUGAGAAAUUACUUGCUGUCCUUGGUGAUAGUCCAGAAUGUCUACUUGCUGACGCUCAAAGUGGGAAGGUUGUCAGCAACCUAAAAGGUCACCUAGACUAUUCAUUUUCAUCAGCUUGGCACCCGGACGGAAGAAUUUUGGCAACUGGUAACCAAGACACAACUUGCAGAUUGUGGGAUAUAAGGAACACGUCGCAGUCCAUAGCAGUGCUCAAAGGAAGGAUGGGUGCCAUCCGUGCAAUCAAGUUCACAUCAGAUGGGCGCUUUAUGGCCAUGGCAGAGCCAGCUGAUUUUGUCCACAUAUUCGAUACACAAUCUGAUUAUGGUGCCUGUCAAGAGAUUGAUUUGUUUGGUGAGAUUGCUGGGAUAUCCUUCAGUCCUGAUACUGAAGCUCUCUUUAUUGGAGUGGCAGACCAAACCUAUGGUAGCUUGCUGGAGUUCAACCGUAAACAUUACCACCACUACCUUGACUAUGCUUUGUAGUGAAAGGCACCUGCCUGUGUCGGUUAAAUUCCAGCAUCUGCUUGUUUGGUAUAUAUAUGUAUAGUUUAUGUAUAGUAUGAGGAGAACUUGGGGUAAAUUCGUGUAACUUGGCCUUAUUAUGAGAAUGGUCUGAAGGCAGGCCUAUGAUUUGGAGAAGUGUGAUCAUGAAAGAGCUGGGAUUGUAGGUGCUGUUUCUGCGGAAGUAUACAUACAUACAGAUAUAGGAAGACCUUGCAGUAGUAAAUGCAAAUCGGCAGUGCAAUUGUAUGUCAGAACGAAUUAUGUGAUCUAGAAGUUUGUUAAUGGCCAAUUAUAUCACAAUUCAAUGUAUUUUGCUUUCUUUUUUGUUUUAAUUUAAUCCGAACAGAAACAGUUCAAGCUACAAACUUGCCCUGGUUAACACUCGA